CGCGAACCGGACUAUGCAGUCGAAUUGCCGAUUCCCGGAGCGUCAGGCCUGUUCGCAAUCACUGAAUGAGCGCCUCGUACGGACGAAAAUCCGAUACCUGCGCUGCAAAAGUAGGUGUGGCUAUAGAAGUGUAGUAGGCCACGUAUGUCAACGACGUCCUGCACCAUUCACACCACGUGUAAAUGUGUUUAUAACAUACUCCAUCCACCGUAGGCAGUAGCGACUACUGACUAGUAACCAAUCAUUAACGCCGGCUAAAACGCGUCAACGAGACAUUUCGAGCGAUUGUUUACACGUGAAUUGUUUACGUUAUUCGUAAAUUAACCUUAUUUACAAUGCGUGUAUCCCAUAAUGAGACACUGAUUAUACGGAAAAAAAUAUGGCCCAGAAGCCUGAGUGAUUUUGGUUCAAUGACAUUUAUUUUAGUAAUAGUGCCUCUGAUCUAUUGGUUUGAACUUUGGAUCGUUUUACCGGACCUCUACGAGUUUGGAACGCUUACGUAUUUCAUUCAUUUUUUCAUGGGAAAUUAUAUGAUGUUAAAUAUAGUGGGUAACUUUACAUUUACUGUACUCUGCGACACAAGUACAAGGAGAAAAAUAGUACCAGUUAAUGCAGCUACAGCCCGAGACGGUUGGAGAUUAUGCAGUUCUUGCGAGGCACUUUCACCGCCUCGUUCCUGGCAUUGCCCUACAUGUGAUACCUGCAUUCUGAAACGUGAUCAUCACUGUAUAUUCACCGGCUGUUGCGUGGGCCAUUACAACCAUAGAUAUUUUCUGAUGUUCAUUUUUUAUCUAUUCGCCGCAACUGCAUAUGCAUUUAUAUUCAAUAAUUUUUUCAUUUGGAGUAAAAUACAAUUUGAAUUUCCUUUGUCAAUUAUAAAGGUUGUAUUUCCACUCGCGAUAUUUGUCUUCGGCUUCGACGGAUCUAUCGAACAAUUUUAUUUGCUAUUGUAUAUUGUAUCGGUCGUCGGAAUGUUAUUCACGGGUGUUUUAUGCGUCUACCACUUUCAUCUCAUUUUUCAAGGACUGGUUUGCAACGAGAAGAACAAAAAAGACUAUUCUUACAACUUAGGGUUUAAACAAAACAUUCUUGAAGUCUUUGGCCAUAAGUGGUAUUUUGCCUUAUUCAAUCCUUACGUUGAGUCUAUACUCCCUCAUGAUGGUAUCAUCUGGGACACGGCAUCGUCGUGGAAACAAAACAGUGAAAAAACUAGAUAAAAUUGUUUUGUCAUGGCAGUGAUUCUGUUCUUAAAUAUGUUUCACAACCUCAAGAACAAAUUAUUAUUAUUUGUAAAAGAUAUUGAAAAACUAUAUCAUCUGGUCAUUGUUUAUUGGACGAAAACUAUAAAUUGAUGUAUAUUAAUGAUUUAUCUUAAGAAACACAUUCCCCACGAAUUGUAGUUAGAAAAAUAGGUGUUGAAAUUGCAUUUCUGCUUAUGAGAUAAAUUUUGCUAGUCUGUGCAAUACUUUCAUUCAAAUUCUUCCACGACAUUAAUCUCAUUCAGUACACACAAAAACCAGAAACAACUUUUUGCACAUUUUAGAAAAAUGCUGUGCCUUGCAGGGGAACACACACAAACAUAGAAAUUUAAAAACUUAAAUAUUAUCAAUAUUCCAUUCAGCUUUUGCAAUGAACAAAUUUUAUUCCUUAACACUAGUUAGUGAAUUAUAAUCACUGGAGUCACGAAUUGUUUUUUUCUUAAUAUAUAAUUAUUAUAAGGUUUCAUCAUUUAAAAGUAUAUGUCUUAUGUUUUUGGUUUUGGAAACGGUAUCGUCAAACAUAACUUAGGAAGACUAUAUAAUCAUUCAGUGAAAGUGGAGUAAAUUUUAGAAGUAUGGAAAACGUCGUUCUGGAAACGGGAAUUCUCAGGGUACUUUUGAUUACACAGCACAUUCUGGUUAAUGAUGUAUUUGAAAUUUUUUUU